AUGUUCUGUCUUCUUUACGAAAAGAGUAGUCAGACCGGAAUAACACUUGUUUUUCCAACCUGCAAAACCCUAGAAAUCACACAUAAUCCCAAAUCUCUUUCACGAGAUAUCGAGAAUCUGCUAAGGGAAUGCAGAGAGAUGAGAGGAGAUUCGCGGCUGUCUAACCGUGGACGGGUUAAAAAAUCCACCGGCGGCAGAACUUGCCACCGUAAACACGUGGAGGACGGAAACAACGGUGUGCUACACGGGAAGUACGAGCUGGGAAAACAAUUAGGGCACGGAACUUUUGCGAAGGUGUAUCACGCGAGGAACUUGCAGACUGGUAAGAGUGUGGCGAUGAAGAUGGUGGCGAAAGAUAAGGUGAUUAAGGUCGGUAUGACGGAUCAUAUCCAGCGAGAGAUUUCUGUUAUGAAGAUGGUGAGGCAUCCUAACAUCGUUGAGCUUCAUGAGGUUAUGGCGAGUAAAUCUAAGAUCUAUUUCGCUAUGGAGCUCGUUAGAGGCGGUGAAUUGUUUUCUAAAGUCGAGAAAGGGCGUCUGCGAGAGGAUGUUGCUCGGAGUUACUUUCAGCAGCUCAUCUCCGCCGUCGAUUUUUGUCACAGCCGAGGGGUAUACCAUCGAGAUCUGAAGCCAGAAAAUUUAUUGUUAGACGGCGAAGGUAAUUUGAAAGUGACCGAUUUCGGCCUCAGCGCGCUUUCCGAUCAUCUCCGGCAGGAUGGAUUAUUACACACAACAUGUGGGACUCCGGCGUAUGUCGCACCGGAAGUAAUUGGGAAAAAAGGUUACUCCGGCGCGCAAGCCGAUAUCUGGUCUUGUGGAGUCAUCCUUUACGUCCUUCUCGCCGGAUUCUUACCUUUUCAAGACGAAAACAUCGUUGCGAUGUACAGGAAGAUUUACAAAGGAGAUUUCAAGUGUCCGCCAUGGUUUUCAUCUGACGCACGUCGAUUAAUCAUGAAAUUACUCGACCCAAAUCCAAAAUCUCGAAUCACAAUCUCAAAAAUCAUGCAAUCAACCUGGUUCAAGAAGGCGUCGCCGAAGAAACCCAACUUUUCAGGCGAAGAUGAAGGUAUUCAUCUAAAGGGAAAAGAAGGCGAGACACUGAAUGCAUUUCACAUAAUAUCAUUAUCGGAAGGAUUUGAUCUGUCUCCGUUGUUCGAGGAGAAGAAGAGGGAGGAGAAACAAGAGAUCAGGUUCGCGACAAUGAAGUCGGCAGGGGCGGUGGUGUCGAAACUGGAGGAGGUGGCGAAGGCGGUGAAGUUUAGCGUAAAAAAGAGUGGAGACGAAAGCAGUUUGAGGUUGCAGGGACUUGAGAACGGAAGGAAAGGGAAAUUGGGGAUAGCGGCGGACAUAUUCGCGGUGACGCCGUCGUUCUUGGUGGUGGAGGUGACGAAGUCGAGCGGCGACACCCUGGAGUACAACCAAUUCUGCAGCAAAGAGCUCCGGCCGGCGCUUAAGGACAUCGUCUGGACGUCACCCGCCAAUCACUCUACUCCGGCAUGA